UGGGGGGAUCGGGGGGAUCCCCCAUUGUCUGCUCCGCCGCUCUCCGCCAUCCACGAGACGUCCGCAGCGAAGCUGCUGCGAGAGGCCGUGCGGCAAAAUGGGAAACGAAGGCAGCUACCCCAUGGAGAUGUGUUCUCAUUUCGAUCCGGACGAGAUCCGGAGGCUGGGCAAGCGGUUCCGCAAGCUCGACCUGGACGGCUCGGGCUCGCUCAGCGUCGAGGAGUUCAUGUCCCUGCCCGAGCUGCAGCAGAACCCCCUCGUGCAGAGAGUCAUCCACAUCUUCGACACCGACGGCAACGGGGAGGUCGACUUCAAGGAGUUCAUUGAAGGCGUCUCACAGUUCAGUGUCAAGGGAGACAAGGAACAGAAGCUGCGAUUCGCGUUCCAGAUCUACGACAUGGACCGCGACGGCUUCAUCUCCAACGGGGAGCUCUUCCAGGUGCUCAAGAUGAUGGUGGGCAACAACUUGAAGGACACGCAGCUGCAGCAGAUCGUGGACAAGACGAUCCUCAACGCCGACAAGGACGGCGACGGUCGCAUCUCCUUCCAGGAGUUCUGCUCCGUGGUUGGCGGGAUGGAUGUUCACAAGAAGAUGGUGGUGGACGUCUGAUGGUGGGAGACUGCGCUGUUCACGUUCACACUCGUUCACCUGGAUCCAUUAAACUCCGUUCAAAAUAUCCUCCCUCACAACCGCCCUCCCCCCCCCCGUAAACACGAACCAAAUUGAAUGUUCCAUGCUGAGCCCACUUGGCGGGUGUUUGCCGAGCUUUCCAUGGGUUAGUCCAUUUUAUUAUUUAGGGGGUAGAGGGGGGGGGUGAAGGCCGCCUGAUUGGUAUUUGAUCAUUUGCAGAGUGUGGUGAAAUCGUUCUCUCUCAUCUAAUUGGCCGGAUGAUGCCACCUUUGCACAGUUUCCCCUAUUUAUGGCCCGGAGGUUUUAUUUAAACUAUUUAUGUGAGACGAAAUAUUUAUUUAUUACUUUUACAACAGCCAGUCUGGUUGUUUUAAGUGCACGCGGUAUUACCUGGGAGCGGUGGUGCAGUAGCGGUUAGCGCUGCGCUGUCAACCCGGCGGAGACCCAAGGUCGAUUCCCGCUCACGGCCAACACCGGUGACGAUUAUCUGAAUUAAUCCUGGGCCUCCACUCAGUCGAGUACCUGGUGCGGUGUGUAAACAUUGCCACUAGGGAGACAAAGGCGGCCGGGCGUUAUGCUGGCCACCCACCCCCUUGUGUGCCAUUCCGGCCUUCAUCGGUACUCGCUCACAGCACUUGCCCCAACAAUAUUUUCAAGCUAUACGGGGGAUCUUUGUCUUGGUGAUACCCACAACUAGAGAGCAAGCAAGAGGUCACGCAGGGAGUGGAGCUAUGGUGAGCGUUGGGGUCUGGGUUGUGCUUAAUGGUGGGGGCUGAUUGGUUAGUUUGUUGUAUUAAGGUUAAGGUCAUGUGGUCAGGAUAUUGUCUGAUUGGCUAGUGUGGGUAGGGUUGGAGGUGGAGCUGGUGUCUGAUUGGGUAGUGUGGGUAGGGUUGGAGGUGGAGCUGGUGUCUGAUUGGUUAGUGUGGGUAGGGUUGGAGGUGGGGCUGGUGUCUGAUUGGUUAGUGCACUUUUUGCACCUCUCUAUCACUCAUUCUUUUACAACUGAAAAUCAAACCGACUUUAAAAAACCAGAGAACUUUAUGGUUUACUCUGUAGGUUAGACAUUUGGUGAGGUCUUGCCAAAUCUGUACCAGGAGAGAGUGUUAUUGAUGAUUUUUGAUGGUGUCGUGUUGGUGGAGGGGGUUGCGUGGGGCCCUGGUGCACGGCUGGAAACCCGGCCCCCCACCCCCCACGUCCCAUCCCCCCAGCGUCUCCAGAGGGGCCACCCUGGAGACAAACGCCAACGUCGCCUAAAGCGAGGGCACCCCCCCACCCACCGCCAACCCCCACUCACCGCCAACCCCCACCCGCUUCGUAGCCUCGGCCUCCCCUCUGGCCCGUGGGCCUCAGCGCAGUUGCACCGCCUGCGCACCCACUCGCGAGCUACGCCGGUGCCGCACGGCGGCCAUCACGUUCCGCCCCUUGCUCCGCGCUCGCCAGCCACUGCCGCCGCCCACCUCCUCCUCGUCGGCGCCGCCGCCGCGAGGUUUAUUAGAGCGCGUGGCAUUCACUCCAUCGUUCGUACCUACGUUGUUAAACUUCUUUCGCACCGUACGUAGCCAACCGUGCUAAUCGGAAGCGUGGGGGGAAGGACAACAAGGUCCAGCGCAGGGUUCUUCAUUGCAAGGCCCACGGGCCACUGGUGGCCCCCGAGGUGCGGGCCCGGACAAUACACAACAAGUAAACACCCCCCCCCCCCCCCCCAUCAUCAUCGUGCUGCUGUCAAACCGCCAGUGGUUUCAAAUGCGUGGCGGCCCCCGCACCGAUGAGACGCAGUGAACAGCACUGGGGUGGCGAGCGGCAAGGCAAGCGUUGCGAGCGACGGAACGCGUUGCUGUGUUUCACCGCAGCUGUCAACCCAGACGGUUUACGCCGUACUCUUGCGCAGGGAAAUGUAGUUUUCAGGUCCAUAUGGCGUACAGCCGUUUCAAUAAGGGCACAUUAAAAAAAAAUUGUCUUUGUGUUUUUCCCUUAUGCUGGGACUUUGUAGGAUGAACGUUGAUAUUUAUAAGGGCACGGGGUGACCAGUAAGGUGUGAAUUGGUCGCUAAUAAAAUAGGCACUCACAAGGGGUUGACAGGUCUGGUUUCACGGACGUGGCACCUGCGAUAGUUCCCGAGUAAGUGGGGGUCGAUGUUGCCGCGUGUGUCAUCCCAACUGAGUUGUUUCUUUUUCGGUCAAUUUUAUUUACUUAUUAAAUUUGACAACAUUUGGAGCGUGACCCACCACCACGACCGCUACCUGGCUCGCUCCACAAACGGGCGUGGCCACCCGGGUUAUGGGAGGAGCUUAGUGUCGGUGGGCGUGGCCGUGUGAAAGUGGGCGGUGCUGGUGGAGGAGGAGGAAGGGGCUUACCAGCUCGCCAGGUGCUGAGCCUCUGAGCGGUGCCCGUGUCGUUUCAUUGAUGGAGCGUGCACCUGGGGGGGGGGGGGGGGGGGGUGAGACUCAUGGAGGCUUCGGCUAUUCGAACUUUUGGUUUUGAAACCUCCGCGUGGAGGUAGGCAGGCGGACGUUCGCGUUUUUUUCACGAAAUAAACCACUCAGGCUCAUUGUGCCAUCGCGCUCUCCACUCGCAUCAUCAUCAUCAUCAUCAGUUAACUCCAGGAUCAUCAUCAUAAUUAUCAUCUGCUCCAGGAUUGUUAUCAUCAUCAUUGUCGGCUGCAGGAUCAGAAUCAGUCUUCAUCAUCAUCAGCAGCACAUGCAGCUCAGUUUCAAUUGUCAUCGUCUACAGCCAACAUCGUUAGCUCCAGCGUCAUUAGCCGGAGGAUCGUUGCAAUCAUCAGUUCAUCAUCAUAAUCAUCAUCAUCAUCAUCACUUUCAUCAUCAUCAGUGUUACUCUUCGCGUCGCGAUGGUUGUGUUGGCUUGUCGCUGUCAGUGGUUGUCGUCAGUCGGUGUUGGUGUUGUUACAGUAUUAAGUGGUGGUGGUUGAUGUUGUUGAUGUUGGUGAUGUUGUUGGUGGUGGUAUGGGGAGUGGUAGUGUCGCGAUUAGCGCUACGCUGCACUACGAACCCGGCUGCCCGAGUUCGAUUCCCGCUCACGGCCAACACCAGUGACGAUUAUCUGAAUAAGUUAUGGGCAUCCCCGAAGUCGACUCGGCCUCAAAUGAGAAUCGUGUGCGGUGUGUAAACAUCGCCACUGGGGAGACAAAGGCGGCCGGGCGUGGUGCUGGCCACCCACCCCCUCGUGUGCCAUGCCCGCCUUCAUAGGUGCUCGCUAAUAGCACUUGCCCCAACAGUGUGUUAAGGCUAUACGGGGGAUCUUUGUCUUUGUUGUUGUCUUGGUUGUGACCACCAUCCCGGUCUCGUACACCCCAGUUGCAAUCCACCCGCCUCCCCCAACUCCACCCGGCCCCAGCCAAUAACCCAGAAAAUAUGCGCGUUGUCACCAGACUUGCUCUGCUUACGUGACAACCCUUACUCAUUGGCUGCGUCGGGUGGUGGCGGGUUUAACAACACAUUUAUAUUUACACGAUCUAACCCCAAAAAAAUACUUAUAUUAUGGACUUGCUCUCUUACAACUCGGGGGGUGCUGCUGCGGAUUCCAGACUAUUGGCCAACGGGGAGCCGCGCGAGGAGUUGUGUGGCCCAAAGAGCAAACGACGGAGUUUUACACAGAUGAUUGUAGUGUGGGGGUUGUGUUCAUUCAAAAGGUAUUUACGAGCACCCCUUCUGGACAAAGUUGCGGACGAGCAAUGGUUGAGAAAUCUGGCAACUAAAAUAAGAUAAUCCAAAAAAAUACGAAGCUAAAUCCUCAGAACAUUUCAACCAAAAAAAUAUAUAUCUUUAAAAUCUGCCGUGGCCAGGUCCCAGGUGUUAUAGGAGAGGAAAGAGCCUUGCUAUUCGCAAGCUGGGACGAACAAACACUCCGUGCUGUUCAGUGGCCGAUACAACCCCCACCGUGCUAACCUCCCGUCGUGCGUGCCGCAAUACGGCAGCAGACAGCUACCGUGUGGUUAAUGGGUGGUUAAUGUGUGGUUAACGUGUGGUUAAUGGGUGGUUAAUGUGUGGUUAACGUGUGGUUAACGUGUGGUUAAUGGGUGGUUAAUCAGAGGUCGAGCAAUUGUCUUUCCUAUCCCAUACUGCCACCCCUUGGUGUCAUUUCGAAGCACAGUUUAUCCGUGUUAAAACAAGAAAUCAGAAUCGCAAUCUUUAUUUUGGACUGCAGGGGGAAUCCGACGAGCUAUGAAACUUUUUUUCCCAGAUGUCCGGCCGGGUAAUCAAAUAUGUUCCAUCCAAGUUUGAUUCUGGGACACGGCUAGCGUCAGAUGUCCGAUGGUGAUCAUUGCCUGAACCAGUAUUGGGUCACACAACCCGCAUUGACCAGCGUGGUGAAGUAUGGUCAUACACCCCCCCCUCCCCACAACUCGCAUGCCAUGGAGGGACCCUCAUCCAUGAGUAGACUGACGAAGGACUGUAAGUUAUUUUAAUGUACUGUACGUGUACACGAAAUACAAAAUAAAGACUGUCCUCGUGAAAUGCA